GAGCCCAUCAAUCUAAACCCAGAAUGCGAAAAACAACUUGUUAUUCGUACAAAGAGUUGUUAAUUGAAAGGCGCCGGCAAAAUAAAGUAGUUGAGGAACGCGGACGGAGAACAAAAAAUGUCCAAAAUCUGUCAGAAACUGUCCUGAAUGGAUUUGAAGUGCUUUGGCGACAGAAUAUUUUGUGUGACAUCAUCAUAAUUUGCCAGGGUCGAGCAUUUGAUGCCCAUCGUUCGCUGUUGGUCACUUGCUCUGAUUAUUUUUACGACAUUUUCGUCGAUCAGCUUUACGAUGAAAGAGAAAUGGACAUCAGUCAUCUUGAAAUCGAAGCAAAUAUAUUUCAGAAUAUAUUGUUAUGUAUGUACACAGGAAAACUGCAAGUGUCGGAAGAGACCAUUGAAGGAACGCUGCAUGCUGCUUCUCGACUAGGUUUUUAUCUGAUACAGGAUGCGUGCGAGGAAUUUCUAGUAGAGAACACACGUCUUAAGAAUUGUCUGAAAAUGAUUGACAGAGCUUUCAGUUUUAACCUUGAUAAACUUACAGAAAAGGCUUUAGAACUAGCGGCAAAAUAUUUUAAAGUUAUUUCAAAAAGAUCAAGAUUUAAAGAGCUCCCGGUUGAACAGAUGAUUGCUUUGUUGAAGAGAGAUGAUCUGAAUGUAGACAGUGAACUUGAAGUUUUCAAACGAUUUAUAGAAUGGCUGGAGCACAGGAAAAAUGAACGCAUCGAACAUGCUGCCGAACUUAUGGCAACCAUUCGACUCCCUCUACUUUCACCUGCCGCCAUUAUGGAUUCUGUGGAAAGCAUCGCUUAUUUAAUGGAUAUCCCAGAAUGCCAAGGGCUUGUUCAGGAGGCGCUACAUUAUCACUGUAUUCCCUACAGACAAACAGUUCUACAGUCUCCACGUACGGUUCCCAGAAACCAACAUGUUUCUAACCUUUUGGUGGUCAUUGGCGGUGCACCGAGAUACAAGUGCGACUCGGUCAAUGAUGAUGUCAUGGCAUUUAAUUUGACGUCAAACACUUGGAAAUCUGUUGCCACCUUACCAGAGCCACGACAUCAUCAUGCAAGUGUUAUGUUUGGAGGCUUCUUGUACGUUGCUGGUGGAGAGAGAUAUAACAACAGUAUGGCACCUGUUAACAGCGUCUUCCGGUAUGAUCCAAGAAAUGGCGACUGGUUGAAAGUAGCCAACAUGAAGCACAAUCGCCAGAGCUUUAGUUUGGCCGUUCUUAACAACAUGAUGUAUGCUGUAGGUGGACGGUUAGACGCAUCAGAGUCACUGGCCUCUGUGGAAUGCUACAAUCCACAGUCGAAUACAUGGCGUGAGGUGGCACCACUCAGUACUCCAAAGAGGUGUGUGGCCCUGGCCACACUUCACGGCCGCUUGUACGCAGUAGGGGGCUCUGGAAAUAAGAUGAUUUCGAGUCGUGUAGAAAGUUACAAUCCAUAUGAUGGCAAAUGGGAUAUUAAACAGCCAAUAUCAACCCCUCGAUUCUUUGCUCAUCUUGUUCCCGUAACUGGGUCAUUAUUAUUAAUUGGUGGAGCAACAGUAAACCAAGAUGGCGUCAUCAGUUGCAUGGAUGCCAUCGAAAGGUACACUCCUUCUAGUGAUUGCUGGACAGUUAUAUCUCACAUGCGCACACCAAGAGCAGAAUUUGGUUGUGCUGUUCUGGGACUCAAAAUUUAUAUUGCAGGAGGUUAUAACUGGGACAAAAUGGAGAGACUGAGAUCGAUAGAAUGUUUUGACUCAGAUUCUCAUACUUGGACCGAGCUGGAUAAAUGCCUUCCACUGGAACUCACUGGUCUUAGUUUGGCCUGCAUGAAAACAUAUAAUGGGAACGACUCUUAAAACAUUUCUUAAUAAAUGCACA